AUGCUGUCAUCGCAGUCUUUGCAGUCCUCGCCGGCAACCAGUACAUCUGCUUUGGCCUCAGAUGCUGCCUCUGGAAUACACCAUGACGGUUUAGGAAACCACCAGACGGAUGGACCUUGCUAUUCAACGCUGGAGAACCGCCUGCGUUCACGAUCCAUCCAGUUCAACACCUCGAGGACAGAUGCAGCGCUGCGGGAACGGUCAACAGCCAGCUCAAGGAAGAGCAGCUUGAGGAGACUACCAUCUCCACCACCUCCAAGCGCCUAUAACCGUGGAGUCUCCUUUGAUACCUUCGACAACCGAGAUGCCACCGAAUUCUCGUUAACGUUGAACUACAAACAUAAAGAUUACAGGAAUACGCGCCGCAGUCGGACCUUCCUUUGCGGCACUGACCAAAACGAUUAUUCGGACUUUGCUUUGGAAUGGCUUAUCGACGAACUGGUAGACGACGGAGAUGAGGUUGUUUGUUUACGGGUUGUGGACAAAGACUCCAAGAUUGCGAGUGAUUCCGGCGUUGAAGAAGGCAGAUAUAGACAGGAGGCAGAGAAGCUACUUUCGCAAGUGAUUGCAAAGAAUAAACACGAUGAAAAGGCCAUAAGUUUGGUUAUGGAACUUGCGGUUGGUAAAGUUCAGGAGAUCAUUCAGCGGAUGAUUCAAAUAUACGAGCCUGCAGUACUUAUAGUGGGCACCCGAGGCCGUAGCCUCAAGGGGAUGCAGGGUCUACUUCCUGGCUCUGUAUCGAAAUAUUGUUUGCAACAAUCGCCUAUUCCCGUCAUAGUUGUGAGACCAUCGAGUAAGCGGGAAAAGAAGAAACAAAAACGUUUGGCUGCCGACCCCGCCAGAAAGAGUUAUAGUCAAUUUUUGAAGAUGAGUGAGUCUCGAGGGGGUUUGGGCAUUGAUAGUUCACCCAGUGGGAACAGCAGCACUUCCAAACUUCCUGGUGAAGACGAAGAGACAGGCGAGCCUUCAACGGUAGCCAACACCAUCGUAGCUUCCUCCACCAAUGGAGACACCGAGGAGAAUGGCCAUGAUCCCCAGUUUUCUAUGUCAAAGGACUCCUCUGGUGAUGCCGGUAAUGACGACGAUGAUGACGACAAUAAUAAUGUGGCCGGAACCAGGAGAAAUUCAACUGUCACAGAAGUUGAAUCACCUUUAAAAAGCCCUUCUUGUCCUGUCCUGGAGAGCCCUAAUGUGAGCGCUAAUGAAGAUGAAGAGGACGUUGAAGACGAAGAUGAUGAUAACGAUGGAGGUGAAGGUGAUAUUACCUACACAGAUACAAGUUCUCGGUUGACUUCUGCAACCUCGAUUGCAGAUACAGCCUCCAAGGGUGAUUCAGCGCAGGAGACGUCCGCAUCUCAGUGUGGUGAUUCACCAACAAACAUGGAAAACAAGGAUCCUGCGAGCAGUAGCAAUGGCAGUAUGGGUGAGACCCAGGACGAUGGUAGUAACAUCGAGCUGCCUAAUUAUGAUGCUGCAAAUGCUAACUCCACUGAGGAUCCUACCAUAGCUCAUGUCCCUGACCUUGCUGGACAACCAGUUGAUAAAUCUUCGGCACCAGGGGCAACAUAG